AUGGUGAUUAAGAAAAUUUUGAAAGAAUGGGAGGGUGCUUACACAGCCAACAAGGGUGAAAAUGUUACUGUCAGUUACACGGCUAUGCUAGAAGAUGGCACUGUAUUGGAGAAAAGAGGAAUUGAUGAAACACAACCCUUGAAAUUCGUAACUGACGAGGAACAAGUAAUUACUGGUCUAGACCGAGCAGUGGCGACAAUGAAAAAGGGCGAGAAGGCCAUAAUUAGCAUACAUCCUGAUUAUGCAUUUGGAAAUGUGGAAUGUGAGAGCAUGAGACAUGAAAUUCGUACUUCAACUAACGCCAUGACCUCAGUUCCCAAGCUAUUGAAGUUUAUGCGUCCCCAUUAUGGUACUCUUAAAGCAUAUUAUGAAACUAUGACGGCGAGUUUGAAGGAACCAAUAUCUGUGGCCUUGUCAACUGUAGGGGAGGAUGGAAAACCCUCGGCUCGGGUUGUAUUGCUAAAAGGCCUUGACAAGGAUGAAUUUGUGUGGUUCACGAAUUACGGCAAGGAGGGAUUUGCUGCUAGUUCUUAUGCAUCAGGAUUUGGAGCAAUAUAUCUAUCUGUCGGUGGCAUGUUGCUGUAUGUGCUAUCAUUUGCUCUUGGUGCUGGCCCGAUUCUUUGUCUCCUCAUGUCCGAAAUAUUACCUGGCAAGAUCAGAACCGAAGCAAUGACGAUUUGUUUGGUUGUGCAUUGGGUGAUAAACUUCUUUGUUGGUCUAUUCUUUUUGCGUUUGCUGGAACAAAUGGGGGCACAACUCUUGUACGAUAUUUUCGGUGCAUUUUGUUUGCUGGCUGUGGGUUGCAAGAGUGAAAUUUGCAUAUGGUCUACUUCAUAUUCCGGAAACACAACAUCUGCUAGAUCCGGCACUAUAUCCUAUGUAGGAAGUUUAUUUAGAGGCUCUGGAAUUCGGUAUAUCCUGGUUGAUUUUCUUCGAAGUCAAAAUGGAGAACAUGUUAGCGACCUUACUUGGAGUCCGGAUGGAAGAUACUUAGCUUCUGCUUCAUACGAGAGCUCUUCUUUCAUUGUGUGGUAUGUUACUCAAGGUGUGGGGUCACCUAUUCGACGAGGAUUAGGAGGCAUAUCAAUGUUAAAAUGGUCACCCACUGGAGAUUACUUCUUUGCUUCAAAAUUUGAUAGAACAUUUUAUCUUUGGAAAAAAAUCACUUGGACAUCAGAACAAUGGUCAUCAACUAGCAGUGGUUUUGUCAAGUGUGCAACAUGGGAUCCAGAUGGGCGUAUGGUACUGCUCGCCUUUUAUAAUUUUUCUGUUAUGAUUGUUCAGUUUAAGCAAUGGGAUCCGGGAGUAAUUUUAGAACCUUGA